GUGGGGGUGGGGGUGUUUAGAAAAUUGUUGUCUUUGAGUCUUGACACCCCCUGUGAAUGCCAUAGCAUAUAUGUACGGAUAGGUGAAUCCCAUGGUGAAACCACCGGUUAUAGCCUGUAGCAAUACCGAGUUAUGGACUUCCAUCCCACGCCUUCCCCUCGUGUCUCCCUUGUUUCUAUCACCGCUUCUUAUUCCAUCUGUGUCUCACAAAUGAAGAAGAUAAACGUUGGCUGCGUUUCCACUGAACUAGUUUCUUUCUCUGAACUUUACCCAAGAAAAAGUCUCUUUCUCCGAACUAUCUCUCAGAGUCUUUGUACUAUUUUCUGUCGCGGGAGACACUUCGUGACUUCGACAUGAAAGGUCUAAGCAAGCUUGGGAUCGGAUUGAUCGUAGUCUUCGUGGUCUGUCUCCUCCUUCUAGUCGCCGAGGUCUUCUACGUACUCUGGUACCGUCGCAGAUUCCGACGGAACGCCACCGUAGAGACUGACGCUUCCGGUGAACCUUACACCACCACCACCACCACGAAAAGCUCUUUUACUUCCAAGGAGCUAAUGUACUUAUUCUGCUGGAAUAACCAGUCUCGGUCGGAGCCAGCCUCAGCUCCGACAGCUCCUUCCAUAGACCAAGAACACCAAGUCCCUUCAUCGGAAUCCGACAACCCUUUGAAAUGGCAUGUUUUAUACGGUCCGUCAAGACUUUUAUUUACGAUCAAGGAAGAGGAGAAAGAGGAUUUGGAGUCCGUGAAAUCUUCAACGGAUCGGAAGCCGAACCCGGAUAAGGAGAGAAAGGUUUCUUUAAGCGAAUGUUUUGAGAGAACCCAAGAAGAGGAUCCAGGGGCAGAGACUAACUCAGUCGCAGUGGAUGUGGAGGAGAGAGAAAGUACUCCGUUUUCGACGCCUUGUGCUUCGCCUCCUUAUUACACUCCGUCACCUUCUCCGACUCGUGAUGCUGGCGGAGAAGAGGGAGGUUGUUUCGUCAGCUUAAAUGUUCACGGCCGGUGAAAAUUGUUACCGGUCGGUGGAUUUGAGGUAUGGGCUCAUCGGUUCUCUUGUCCUUCCAAUGGGGAUUGUAACUAUUGAAGUUUCUGAUGUGGACGUUUCUUUUUGUUUUGUUGGUUUCUUCGUUGUUUUUUAAAACAAAGGUUAGGUUUGUAUUGUAAAGUAGUGCAAGUAAUGAGGUCGUAGGUGGAAAAAGUAGAAGAGACCAGUUUGAACA